UGGCGCUGUCCGUGGUGCUGAGGAAUUCCCGGCUGCCGGCAGAAUGAGCUCCAAAUCAGCAGUCUGCAAACUGCUCUCAGUGAUGCAGAAACCCAGCUAAAGUUGCUCCUUUCCUUCACGUCCACAGUUAGUAUUUUCUGGUGUGUGAGAAGGGAUUCGAGCAACAUAUUGUGGAUGAUGCUGAUGCCGUUGCCAGCGGAGCGGGUUUUAAGCGACAGCAUGCUGUUGCUGUUUGUGAUCCACCGAGCCUAGCCAAAUCACCUCUACUGCCGUAGCAAACACUGUGUAAGUGAACUCAUGUGUGGAGGAGGCGUAAUCAGCCGGGAAAUUUCAUAGAAGGAUCUGAGAAAAUGCUAAAAACAAGUUCAACAUGAUUCUGCUACUUGAGUCUGGAUUUCUACAGGACCAGCAUUGCUUCUUGCUUUGAAUUUUGGAGACAGGUCCAAAGCGUAUUUCUUAUGUGUGUCUGCUGUAUUUCUCUCCGGAAGGGCGGGAGACUGCUUCUUGACUGUGGUUUGAAAUGAGAGGUAGAGAGAAUGGAUUGCCUUUAAUUCAAGCCUGAAAAUGCGUUCUUUGGACAAUUAAAGAGGAACUGCUUUUCUAAAACAUACCUGAUCUUUUAGUUCAUAUUGGUCUAUGACCCCCAUCACCACUGUUAACCUCCAGAGUGAUUAGCCUACCCCUCCCCAUGGAAGGAGCUGAGUAUAUUCAGUAGUAGGAGCACAUCCAGAAGCCUUUGAGGAGGGGGAUGGCUCUUCAUAUUCAUGAAGCUUGCAUACUUCUCUUGGUUAUCCCUGGAUUGGUCACCUCUGCUGCCAUCAGUCAUGAAGACUAUCCUGCUGAUGAAGGGGACCAGACCUCCAGUAAUGACAAUCUGAUCUUCGAUGACUAUCGAGGGAAAGGGUGUGUGGAUGACAGCGGCUUUGUAUACAAGUUGGGAGAACGAUUUUUCCCAGGGCAUUCCAACUGCCCUUGUGUCUGUGCUCUGGAUGGACCUGUUUGCGACCAGCCAGAAUGCCCUAAAAUUCACCCAAAGUGUACUAAAGUGGAACACAAUGGAUGCUGUCCUGAGUGCAAAGAAGUGAAAAACUUUUGUGAAUAUCAUGGGAAAAAUUACAAAAUCUUGGAGGAAUUUAAGCCCUCUCCAUGUGAAUGGUGUCGCUGUGAGCCCAGCAAUGAAGUUCACUGUGUUGUAGCAGACUGCGCAGUUCCUGAGUGUGUCAACCCAGUCUAUGAACCAGAGCAAUGUUGUCCUGUCUGCAAAAAUGGUCCUAACUGCUUCGCAGGGACUACCAUCAUUCCGGCUGGCAUCGAAGUGAAAGUGGACGAGUGUAACAUCUGUCACUGCCACAACGGGGACUGGUGGAAGCCGGCGCAGUGCUCCAAACGCGAAUGCCAAGGCAAGCAGAUCGUGUAGCGCGCCAGCCACCCCGGCGAGGACCACUUCCCCGGAGAGGGCGCGGGGCUGCUGCUCCGCACACGUUUCCAACGCAACGGAACGGACACACGGACUCCCGCCAGCUCCAACAGGGUCACCAGCAAAACCUUCUAGGGUUGACAAAAGUGACUGUUUUACUAAGAGGACAUUCCUCUCUUGCUAUAUAAAAUACACAUAUAGUACACAGCUCUCGAAACCGCUUUUGUAAUUACCCACGCUCGAUGGUGACUUGACUGGAUUUCUGGAACAAAAAACAAAUCGCCUCAGACAGGCUGCUUCUCCGGUGACACCUCUAGCCUGCCAGCUCACCGUCUGCCGAGUUAAUUCCCGUUUACGCUCCUGUCCAUCCGACACGGCAUUUUUCUCCUGUAGUAUCUCUUUUUCCCAUUGAGAGUCUAAGGGGCCAGAUUUGACCACACAGCUGUGUCAAACUUUGGUAAAGAAAUGUCAGGGGUGCGGACCCUGCCCGACCAGGAACACCAAAAGCAUCCAACCAAUCACUCCUGCCCUGUCAGCUGAGAAAAGAGAAGGGUACACAGACGGACACACCGCUGGGCAAGGCAGGGACCUGGCACCCGAUGCAUUGUUUGGGGGCCCCCGAUUUCAUGCUGACAAACCACACAUUCCAUCUGCAAAACCUUGAAACUGCCAAUCAAACACUAAUAUUGAAGUACACCAUGAAGGUGACUAAAGAAUCCAAAGGAGUCAGGUAUUCGAAGUUGUAGCAUUAGUCACCCAACUUUCUCAUGAUGCUGAAGUUGAGUUCAGCUUGUUAAUUAAACACCCUCCAAACCCACUGUCAGCUGGCACUAUAAAUACAGAACCAGGGUGAGUCGCCCCACUGUGAAUCUGAAUCCUUCUGAACACAACUGGCCUUUGAGAUCAGAUUUGGCUGACAGCCAGCCAUACACGCAGGCAGUUUUUAUGGUUCGGGACCGUGUUGGCCCUGUUAGAGUAAUGACCACUCAGCCCUCUGUCUAAAACACAGAUUCAGGACACUCUUUCCACCUCAAGUGCUGAUUUAAAUUCAAGAUUAGGGUAGAGUGAGUCUUGCACAAUACAAUUCCAUUUGUUGAACAUUUUUUAAAAUGUAUAUAUUAGAUACUGAACAAUUAAAGCGAAGCGUCUCAAGGUUGCCCUGGUAAUGCUGCGAGUAUAGUAACAGAAAAAAAUAAAAUACACAGGGUAUCUGAUGCCACCUCCGAGUCAAGUGCAAAUUCAGCAAUUCUGAAACCACAAGGCACAGGUAGUUGCUUGUUUCUGUCUUGUAAACCCUGGUGCAGAUCUGGUAGGGUCCUUGAGGAAACUUGAAGGCUGUCUUUGUUAUCAUUGUUCUCUCCUUUCAGCCCCCCACCCACCCUGGCUUUGCCCUAACUUCUAUGGAGUACCGCAUUCUAGAACAAGGUGCCUCAGCCCUAGUGCUGUUGAC